ACAAGACAAGACAAAGAGAGAGAGAGCAAGUGGAAAACAGACCAGAAGAGAGAGAGAGAGAGAGAGAGGAGUGAAACAGAGUAAGGGUUCUAUAGACCGUGGAAUCAUCGAAUCACACACACUCUUUGCAACAACUUUUGGAAGGGUUUUAAUUUCCUUUUUCUUUUAAAAAAAUAAAAUCUUUGGUAACUCGCCUCUAGGGUUUAGCUUGCUCUUCCUCGUGAUCCUUCUAACCUGUAAGAUUGGCCUGUUUCGUUUAGUUUCGUUUCGUACGGUCUAUCUAACCCCCUCCUAGUUCUGUCUCCUCUCUCUCACCCACGUAAGAGAAUAUGGUAAUGGAGGACGAGCGUAGUAGUAAGGAGGUCACAAAGCCUUCUUAUUGGCUAGAUGCUUGCGAGGACAUCUCUUGUGAUCUCAUCGAUGACCUCGUCUCUGAUUUCGAUCCUUCCUCUGUUUCUGUCUCCGAAUCCAUAGACGAUGAGGUCGGCGUCAACAACGAUUUCUUCGGUGGGAUCGAUCACAUUCUAGACAGUAUCAAGAACGGUGGUGGCUUACCAAACAGCAACGAGGCUCCUCCCCAGUUGCUUGCUGGAGAGAUUACUAAAGAGAAUUAUGUGAGUGGUGUUAAGAGAGACGAGGUGGUGUCGAAAGAGGAAGGAGACAACAAGAACAGGAAGAGAGCUAGGGUUUGUAGUUACCAGAGUAACAUUCCAGGGAGAGGACAUGCUGAUUCUAGGAAACGGACUCGAAGCUACUACGACGAGGCUACUACUGGUCAUCAUAAUAAGAGAAGAGAUUGUUACAAUUACAGAAGAGAUAACGUUAGAGAAGCUAGGGGUUAUUGGGAGAGGGACAGAGUCGGUUCGAACGAGUUGGUUUAUCGGCAGGGCACUUGGGAAGCUGAUCACGAAAGAGAUGUCAACCGGAGAGAAGGCGGCGAUAAGAAGAAGGCAUCAGAGGAGAAGCCUGAAGAGCAGCGUAAAGAGAAAGUUGUGGAAGAGCAAGCGAGGCGGUACCAGUUGGAUGUGCUCGAACAGGCUAAAGCAAAGAACACGAUCGCUUUCCUCGAGACCGGUGCUGGGAAGACGCUUAUAGCCAUCCUUCUCAUCAAAAGCGUUCACAAGGAUCUGAUGAGCCAGAAGAGGAAAAUGCUCUCUGUGUUCUUGGUUCCUAAAGUGCCUCUUGUUUAUCAGCAAGCGGAAGUGAUCCGUAACCAGACUAGUUUCCAAGUGGGGCAUUACUGUGGUGAGAUGGGACAAGACUUCUGGGAUGCUAGAAGGUGGCAGCGAGAGUUUGAGUCUAAGCAGGUUCUUGUAAUGACAGCUCAGAUUCUGUUGAAUAUACUGAGGCACAGCAUUAUCAGAAUGGAAGCGAUUGAUCUACUGAUCCUCGACGAGUGUCACCACGCUGUCAAGAAACAUCCUUACUCGUUGGUGAUGUCAGAGUUCUACCACACAACGUCUAAGGAUAAAAGACCUGCCAUCUUUGGAAUGACUGCUUCUCCUGUUAAUCUUAAGGGUGUCUCAAGCCAAGUUGAUUGUGCGAUAAAAAUACGCAAUCUCGAGACCAAGCUUGAUUCUACGGUUUGUACCAUAAAAGAUCGGAAGGAACUAGAGAAACAUGUGCCUAUGCCUUCGGAGAUUGUGGUGGAGUAUGAUAAAGCUGCUACGAUGUGGUCUCUUCAUGAGAAGAUAAAGCAAAUGAUUGCAGCUGUUGAAGAAGCGGCGCAGGCGAGUUCGAGGAAGAGCAAGUGGCAGUUUAUGGGGGCUAGGGAUGCUGGAGCUAAGGAGGAGCUGAAACAGGUUUACGGUGUUUCCGAAAGAACAGAGAGCGAUGGAGCUGCUAAUUUGAUUCAUAAACUUAGAGCUAUUAACUAUACUCUUGCUGAGUUGGGUCAGUGGUGUGCUUACAAGGUGGCACAAUCGUUCUUGACUGCGUUGCAAAGUGACGAGAGGGUGAAUUUCCAAGUGGAUGUGAAGUUUCAAGAAUCAUACCUGAGCGAGGUGGUGACGCUCUUGCAGUGUGAGCUUUUGGAAGGAGCUGCUGCGGAAAAGGCAGCCACGGAAUGUAGCAAACCAGAGAAUGGUAAUGGAAAUGAUGAUGAGAUUGAGGAAGGAGAGCUCCCUGAUGAUCAUGUGGUCUCUGGAGGGGAGCACGUUGAUGAAGUAAUAGGAGCCGCAGUGGCUGAUGGGAAAGUUACUCCAAAGGUUCAGUCGCUGAUCAAACUACUCCUCAAGUAUCAGCACACAUCCGAUUUUCGCGCCAUUGUUUUUGUUGAGAGAGUUGUUGCUGCUUUGGUUCUUCCAAAGGUCUUCGCGGAGCUGCCUUCUCUUGGUUUUAUAAGGUGCGCCAGCAUGAUCGGUCACAAUAACAGCCAGGAAAUGAAGUCAUCUCAAAUGCAGGAUACUAUUUCCAAAUUCCGAGAUGGUCAAGUGACACUGUUAGUCGCUACAAGCGUUGCUGAGGAAGGACUUGAUAUUAGGCAAUGUAACGUUGUAAUGCGUUUCGACCUUGCAAAGACGGUGCUUGCAUACAUUCAGUCUCGUGGUAGGGCAAGAAAGCCUGGAUCAGACUACAUACUCAUGGUCGAGAGGGAAAAUGUAUCUCACGCGGCAUUCUUAAGGAAUGCUAGGAACAGUGAGGAGACGCUGCGAAAAGAAGCAAUAGAAAGGACUGAUCUGAGUCACCUCAAAGAUACAUCGAGGCUAAUCUCCAUUGACGCUGUGCCUGGUACAGUUUAUAAGGUGGAGACAACUGGUGCCAUGGUUAGCCUUAAUUCCGCGGUUGGUCUCAUACAUUUCUACUGCUCUCAGCUUCCCGGUGACAGGUAUGCGAUUCUUCGUCCUGAGUUCAGCAUGGAGAAACAUGAAAAGCCUGGCGGACACACCGAAUAUUCAUGCAGGCUUCAGCUUCCUUGCAAUGCACCCUUUGAAAUUCUCGAGGGUCCUCUUUGUAGUUCGAUGCGUCUUGCUCAACAGGCUGUAUGUCUAGCUGGUUGCAAGAAACUGCAUGAGAUGGGUGCAUUUACGGAUAUGCUAUUGCCGGACAAGGGAAGUGGUCAAGACGCUGAGAAGGGUGACCAGGAUGAAGAAGGCGAACCCGUUCCUGGAACUGCUAGACACAGAGAGUUCUAUCCUGAAGGUGUAGCGGAUGUACUUAAGGGAGAUUGGAUUUUAUCAGGAAAGGAAGUUUGUGAGAAGAGCUCAAAGCUAUUCCAUUUAUACAUGUACAGUGUUAGAUGUGUAGAUUCUGGGUCUUCAAAAGAUCCAUUCUUAACCGAAGUUUCAGAAUUCGCGGUUCUUUUUGGCAAUGAGCUGGAUGCAGAGGUAUUAUCGAUGUCUAUGGAUCUUUAUGUUGCUCGAGCCAUGAUCACCAAAGCAUCUCUUGCUUUCAGGGGAUCACUGGAUAUUACAGAAAGCCAGCUAUCAUCUAUUAAAAAGUUUCAUGUGAGAUUGAUGAGUAUAGUCUUAGAUGUUGAUGUCGAACCCUCCACGACACCAUGGGAUCCUUCAAAGGCCUACUUGUUUGUCCCCGUGACCGACAACAUGUCUGCGGAACCCAUAAGAGGAAUCAACUGGGAGUUAGUUGAAAAGAUAACCGAAACCAAUGUGUGGGACAACCCGCUUCAGAGAGCUCGUCCGGAUGUGUAUCUCGGGACUAACGAGAGAACUCUCGGUGGGGACAGGAGGGAAUACGGGUUUGGUAAACUUCGUAACAACGCUGGAUUCGGGCAUCAGCAGAAAUCUCACCCAACUUAUGGUAUUAGAGGAGCGGUUGCAUCUUUUGAUGUUGUGAGAGCUUCUGGAUUGUUACCUGUGAGGGAGGAGGAAGCAGGAAGUGAUGUAUCAUCGCAAGGUAAACUGAUGAUGGCAGAUGGGUGCAUGGUUGCAGAAAGUCUAAUAGGGAAAAUAGUGACGGCCGCACAUUCAGGGAAGCGGUUUUAUGUGGACACUAUUUGCUACGAUAUGAGUGCAGAAACUUCAUUCCCAAGGAAAGAGGGGUAUCUAGGUCCUUUGGAAUACAACACUUACGCUGACUACUACAAGCAGAAGUAUGGAGUUGAUUUAAACUGUAAACGUCAACCUUUAAUCAAAGGAAGAGGUGUUUCUUAUUGCAAGAAUCUUCUUUCUCCUCGGUUUGAACAGUCAGGUGAAUCUGAGACGACACUUGAUAAAACAUAUUACGUGUUUCUUCCACCUGAACUAUGCGUGGUGCAUCCUCUUUCGGGUUCACUUAUCCGAGGUGCUCAGAGGUUGCCCUCUAUAAUGAGAAGAGUUGAGAGCAUGUUGCUCGCUGUUCAACUCAAAAACUUGAUUAGUUAUCCCAUUCCUACUUCAAAGAUUCUGGAAGCCUUGACUGCAGCCUCGUGCCAGGAGACGUUCUGCUACGAGAGAGCAGAGCUUUUAGGAGAUGCGUAUCUGAAAUGGGUCGUAAGUCGUUUUCUGUUUCUCAAGUACCCUCAGAAGCACGAGGGUCAGCUUACAAGGAUGAGACAGCAGAUGGUCAGCAACAUGGUUCUUUACCAGUACGCUCUGGUCAAAGGCCUCCAGUCGUAUAUCCAGGCGGAUCGUUUCGCUCCUUCUAGGUGGUCUGCUCCUGGCGUGCCUCCCGUUUACGACGAGGACACCAAAGAUGGAGGAGGAUCUUCGUUUUUCGACGAGGAGCAGAAGAAACACGAGGAGGACGUGUUUGAAGAUGGGGAGAUGGAAGAUGGUGAGCUAGAGGAGGGUGACCUGAGCUCUUACAGGGUGUUAUCUAGCAAAACGUUGGCUGAUGUCGUCGAAGCCUUGAUCGGUGUUUACUACGUGGAAGGAGGUAAAGCUGCGGCGAACCAUUUGAUGAAAUGGAUUGGGAUUGAGGUGGAGGAUGAUCCCGAAGAGACGACCGAAGGGACGGUGAAACCUGUUUGUGUUCCGGAGAGCGUGCUAAAGAGCAUAGACUUUGUUGGUCUAGAGAGAGCUUUGAAGUACGAGUUUGCGGAGAAAGGUCUUCUUGUGGAAGCUAUCACGCACGCUUCGAGACCGUCUUCGGGUGUUUCGUGUUACCAGAGGUUGGAGUUUGUUGGUGACGCGGUCUUGGAUCAUCUCAUUACGAGACACUUGUUUUUCACGUACACGAGCCUUCCUCCUGGUCGGUUAACUGAUCUUCGAGCUGCGGCGGUUAAUAACGAGAACUUUGCUCGUGUUGCGGUUAAACAUAAGCUCCACUUGUACCUUCGUCACGGUUCUAGUGCCCUCGAGAAACAGAUUCGAGAUUUUGUGAAGGAAGUCCUAACCGAGUCUUCUAAACCGGGGUUUAACUCGUUCGGUUUAGGAGACUGUAAAGCGCCAAAGGUUCUUGGAGAUAUAGUUGAAUCCAUUGCAGGUGCUAUCUUUCUUGAUAGUGGAAAAGACACAAGUGCUGCUUGGAAGGUUUUUCAACCUUUGCUGCAACCAAUGGUGACACCAGAGACGCUUCCGAUGCAUCCGGUACGAGAGCUGCAAGAGCGUUGCCAGCAACAAGCAGAAGGGUUAGAGUACAAGGCGAGUAGGAGUGGUAACACAGCGACUGUGGAAGUAUUCAUCGACGGUGUUCAAGUGGGAGUGGCGCAGAACCCGCAGAAGAAAAUGGCUCAGAAGCUAGCGGCGAGGAACGCGCUGGCUGCCUUGAAAGAGAAAGAGAUAGCUGAAGCAAAAGAGAAGGGAGCAAAGGGGAAUGCAGGAGGAGAUGAGAAUGAGAAUGGGAACAAGAAGAAUGGGAAUCAGACGUUUACGAGACAAACGUUGAAUGAUAUUUGCUUGCGGAAGAAUUGGCCAAUGCCUUCUUACAGAUGUGUGAAAGAAGGGGGACCGGCGCAUGCAAAGAGGUUUACGUUUGGGGUAAGAGUGAAUACAAGCGAUAGAGGAUGGACUGAUGAAUGUAUAGGAGAGCCGAUGCCGAGUGUUAAGAAGGCUAAAGACUCUGCUGCUUGUCUUCUUCUUGAGCUUCUCAAUAAGACUUAUUCUUAAAUAGUGGUGGACUUGGUCACUUGUUGUAUUGUUAUGUGUUGUGUGGACUUGGUCACUUGUUGUAUUAUUAUCAUGUGUUGUUUGACUUAUAUUUACUAUGUUGAUGUUGUUAAAACUUUAAACAAAUGAGAUGUGUUGUGGAGUUUCUCAUUUUACCAUCUGUAACAAAUCUUUGUUUUAUAUUAAUAUAUACUUAUGUUUUUUA